CCACAAUCCAAAAUGGCGCCGGCGACGGAGCAAAACACCAAUACCACAAUCCAAUUUCAUCUCGCUCCCUGUUUCACGAAAAUGCGUUCCUUAUAAAAGCUAUUUAUUACAGUUCAUAUCUCUUUUGUUUUGCCGGUCUAGUUGUCAAUUAAGUGAACAAUGUAGUAGCAUUUCAGCCCAGACUUCUUAUCAAGAUGCCCAGUUCCCGUAAUGAGAAGGAAUUGAGCCCUUCUGCUCGAAAUCAUAGCAAAGGCAAAAAGUCAUCCCAUAAGCAAAAGAAACAUAGAAAACGCCCCAAAACUGAGGACUCGGUUGAAAAGCUAAAGGAGCAAUACGAAGAUAUUUCCUCCGCUUCAGAAGAAACCGAACAGUUGCCUGUUCAAAGGUACAGCUCGAUCUCACGGAGCCCCUCGCCCGUUGCGUCGAAAAAGUCGAAGCCUAGUGUCAAACGAAAGAAGUCGAGAAAGGAUAGCACUGUACAAGGAUCAAGCAAAAAACGUAAGAAACAUGGCAAGUCGCCCAUGAAUCUUCCGCCAAUGGAGGGAAGCGCUUUGUCGCCAGUUUCUAGGUCGAAAUGGAAAGACGUGACAUCGUCUCCUAAAAUGCUGUCGAACAGGGAUACCUUUGAGCACUAUUCGCCUGUGCGUACUUCAUCAAAGCGGCGAGGUUCUGAGUCGCCUCAUGUUCCAAGAGCUUACCGACCAAAGUCACCAAGCAGGAGUCCUAUGAUGAAUAGGAAAGUUUGGUCAAGGUCUCCUUUCAGCCAUAGAUCAAGAUCACCAUCACCUCCUCCCUAUGGAUCAAGAGGGAGGUCACCCAUGACAACGUUCAGAUCUCAAGAGAGAUCUCCAUAUCGCUCACCUAUAGGACAAUUCUCACCAUAUGACAGCCGUAGCAGGUCUUACAUGCCCUACAGCAGGAGACGAACACCCUCACCAUAUGGACGUCAUUCGCCAUCACCACCCUUUAGGAAUUCAGGUUUAAGGAAUAGGAAGAAUCAAAGGAACCCUAACAGACCACGCAGCAGGUCUUUGUCACCACUUCCACCAGCACGCUCCAAUAACAGAAGUCGCACACCUCCAAAGAGGACCCAACGCCGUAGCACACCUCGAAGCCCAAAUGUUCAUCAAUCAGGUCAAAAGUCUGGAGGCAAGAAUGCAUUGUGGCAGAGAUCAAGUUCUUCAAGAAAUGACACCCUAAGGAAAGUAGAUGAUAAGUCUGUAAGUCGAGACUCUAGAGAUAAAAUAUCAACUACCAAGGAUUAUUUAUUUAAGGACAAAGGCAGAGUUGAUACUGUAGAUGGAGUGAGCAAGAAUUCAGUGAAGGAUGUCAUCAACAAAUCAAAACAAAAUUUAGAACCUAGUGCAAAAGAUUCCCCAGUAGAUGUCCUUGCAAAGGAAGCAAAUUUUACUUCAUCUAGAGUUAAGACAGAAUGUGAAGAAACCAAAAAACCAACUCAAAGUGAAUCAAUACCAGCUCUUCCGCUUCCUCCUUUGAAUGAACCAGUGCCACCACCUCUUCCCAGUGAGGAGCCACCUCCUUUACCUCCAGAUGAAGAGAAGCCACCACCUCCUCCUGCCCCGACAUUACCACCACUACCUUUGCCACCAGAACUUCCAGGUACUCCAGGUGAAUCUCCAACUUCAUACUCACCACGCUCCCCGGGAGGAAAACUUCCUGAAUCUCCUAAGUCAACACAACAUUCCUUUCCACCAUUACGACCUUUAAAGGAUACAGAUGCCUCUGUGUUACCUUCAGAGUCAGGACCAAGCAGUCAGAGUGAAACACCACUGUCAACACCAGAUACCACUCCAAAGACUCCAGCUGAGAGUGAGUGGGGGGAAAGAUGUGUUGACAUGUUUCAAAUCAUUGAUCAAGUUGGAGAAGGAACAUAUGGGCAAGUUUAUAAAGCAAAAGACAAGAUUACAGGUGUGUAUACGUGGAUUUAACACUCAAUGAACACUGCUUUGCUGUAAACAUGAACUACUUUCAAGUUUUGGCUGUUUUCAUAAUUAAGUUAUCUUUUAUUGAGAAGCACUGGACCUAGUUACAGUAUACAUGAUGUAAGCCAAGCAAAUUUGGAGCCUUGUUUGACUAAUGGUAUGAAUGUUCAAGUCAAUAAUUUUAUUUUAUUUGGGUCAAAUCGUCAUAGUUCUUUAAGAAAGGUAAACACAAAUCCACCAAAAUUGGAAGUUAUUCUGCCUGAAUUUCACCUCAACUUGAAGCUUAUACACAUCUUCCAGUGUAAAUAUCCUUAAAACUGAAUCCAGUCUGCUAAUCAUAGGGUUUAAGGAAAUGUUGUUCUUGCAUUAACAGGGGAACUGGUUGCCCUGAAAAAAGUACGGACUGACAAUGAGAAGGAAGGUUUUCCUAUCACAGCAGUGAGAGAGAUCAAAAUCCUUCGACAGCUGAAUCAUCACAAUAUUGUGAACUUGAAAGAAAUUGUCACAGACAAACCAAAUGCUCUUGAUUUCCGAAAAGAUAAAGGUCAGUAAGAUAUUGAUUCUGGUGUUUAGGUUUUCUUCUUUCAGUACACGUUCUAUACAACAUUUUUUUUACAAGUGUGGAAUUGUGACAAUGUUAAUAACUUUGGAAUUAAUAAAUAGUGUCAAUGAGUUAUUGAUGGAUUUGUUUCAUAAUUGAUGUCAGGUGGGUUUUAUCUUGUGUUUGAAUACCUGGAUCAUGAUCUGAUGGGUGUGCUGGAAUCUGGUUUGGUUCAUUUUACGGAAGAUCACAUCAAGUCUUUCACAAAACAGCUUUUAGAUGGCCUCAGCUACUGUCAUCGCAAAAAUUUUCUUCACCGAGACAUUAAGUGCUCCAAUAUUUUGCUGAGUAACAAGUAUGUAUUGUACAUUUGAACACUUCCUUUCUAUGUGACAAGCAGGCAGUAACAACUUUUGUACUUACUCUCACUUCAUUGUAACUUGUAUUAUUAUCACAGACAAGUUAAUUUCUUAGUUUUGACGGUUAAGAAUAUAUGAAAGUCAUAUAUUUGAACUGCGGAUAAAGAAGUGAAUGAAAGUGAUCCUCGCAGUGAUGUGCACUACUUAGGCAGUAGUGAAAAUAAGGCCUGAAAAAAAAUUCAGGCCUGUACGGGAUUUGAACCCAUGACCUCUGCGAUACCGGUGUAGCACUCUACCAACUGAGCCAACAAGCCAACUGGGAGCUGGUCAUGAUGGUGGUUCUAAAUAAACCCGUGAAGUGAUGAAUAGACGGUUAAGAAUAUAUGAAAGUCAUAUAUUUGAACUGCGGAAAAAUAUUGGAGCACUUAAUGUCUUUAUCCGCAGUUCAAAUAUACGACUUUCAUAUAUUCUUAACCGUCUAUUCAUCACUUCACGGGUUUAUUUAGAACCACCAUCAUGACCAGCUCCCAGUUGGCUUGUUGGCUCAGUUGGUAGAGCGCUGCACCGGUAUCGCAGAGGUGAUGGGUUCAAAUCCCGUAUAGGCCUAAAUUUUUUUCAGGCCUUAUUUUCACUACUGCCUAAGUAGUGCACAUCAAUGCGAGGAUCACUUUCAUUCACAUUUCUUAGUUUUGUUUUAUAACAUUUCUGACUAGUCAGUUGAUAUUUUAUGAUAGUAGCACUCAGUAGCACAAAGAAUCUAUCUAUGAUUUCUCUUAUUGAAUUGAGGUUACUAGUCAUUUAUGAACAUACAAGAUUCCACCAUGAAGAGUUUUUAAAAGCCAACACUUCCAGCAUUAGCCUUUAGUCAGAAAUAUUUGCUGACACUCAAAAUGUCAGCCUUAGAAACUCUUUCCAUCACCAAUUGACUGUAGCAACUUAGUAGAUAGAACUAAAGUAUUUUGUAAUACCCAUCAUCUAUACAGUACCACAGAAACUUACACCUCUAUUCAUUUAUGAACUCACUGUUGUUAAUCUGCUUUGUGUCUCAAAAAUGUCUGCGUCUUUGCAGGGGAGAAAUAAAACUGGCUGAUUUUGGAUUGGCAAGACUGUAUGAGGCAGAUGAAAGGUGCAGUCUUAUGAUGCACUUUCAAUUCUUUCUUUCCCAAGAUCAGAUUAGUAAUUGUCCCUACUGAUGUCCAUCCAUUAGACAAAAGAAUCUGGUGUUAUAACAAACUAACAUGCACUAGCUGACAAGCCGUAAGUUUCUUUCAGACAGAACACAGCAGUUCUCCCUUCAUGUCAAGCCAGCUUGCAUGGCCUUUCUAUAGUACCCUUCAGUCGCCUGAAUAGCUAUUAACGCUAAAAGUAUUUCUUAAGGAAGAUAAUGUCUGGAAGAAGAUACAUACUUAUGUUUCACUGGAGAAGUACUAAAUUAUUUGCUCAAAAUAACUCUAGUUGACAGUGAAUGGAUGUUUCCAAGUCAUACAAACUGUGAUCUUUUAAAAAUUGAAAACUAUAUAAACCUGAUUAGGUAUCCUUAGUGGUUUUUCUUUUGGCAUUGGUGUAAAAAUUACUGGUAUUUAGUUAUGGAAAGCUAUUGCAGUGAAUGUCCUUUUUCAUACAAAGACACUUUUUUAACACAUCUCUGAAUAUAACAUUUCUUUUUUCUUUCAUUUCAAACUUUUGAUACAUUUAGGAGGCCAUACACAAAUAAAGUCAUCACAUUGUGGUACAGACCACCAGAACUUUUGCUGGGAGAAGAACGCUAUGGGCCUGGGAUAGAUAUCUGGAGUGUGGGGUAUGUGGAAAAUACUACAUAAUGCCAUUUAAUUGGAUUACAAAACUGGAUUAGAUUUGGUACAGUAUAUAUGUAGUGCUGACAGUUAUUAAACCAAGUCUCUCUCUUUAAGAACCCUUAUACUCAAUAGUAUUAUUGAUAUUCAUCUAAUUUCCUGCUUUCAGUCCUCUCUUUUUAUCUUUGUCUAUUUUCUAUCAGGUGUAUACUGGGGGAAUUGUUUACCAAGAAACCAAUAUUUCCUGCAUUGCAGGAGAUAGGUCAGCUGGAACUAAUCAGGUGAGAAAGGGAAUCAUACAUAGCUUAACCUACAAAUAGAUUGAAACACCAUGGCUGUUUUUACCUUUGUAUGAAAAAUUCCACCUUUUACCCCUACAUGAAAUAUGCAACCACCACUCCUAUGAACUUUGAACUUCUUUACUCCAAGACUAUCUUUGCUUCUCUAAAAUAUUAAAGAGAUAGGAAAGGGCUUCUUGAUUUAAAUAAAAUUAUGAAUGGAAUGAUGCAGUUCAAGAUAUACUUGCAUCAUUUGCCAUUAUAAGAUUGAGAAACCAGUGUUUUUUUGUUAGUUUUUGCAUGUGAAUAAACUUAGCAAGUAUUUUGCAACUUAUUUCUGAAGAUAAGUUAAAAAAUAAUAAAGUAAUAGUUAUGUGUAAACAAUUCCAAAAAUAUUUAAUGACCACAUAAGGUAAUUCUUAGAUUUUUUAAUUAAUGUUAGUGAUACCACUGACUAGAAUUUGUUUCUCUCAUUGUUUAGCCGUAUCUGUGGAACACCAACACCAGCAGUAUGGCCUGAUGUCAUCCAUUUGCCACAUUUUCACACAAUGAAGCCCAAGAAACAGUACCGCAGAAGAGUGAAAGAUGAAUUUUCUUUGUGAGUCACCUGUGAUAGAUGUCCUGUGUGUUUCUUGCUGCCUUUAGGAUUUUGAUAUUAUUGUUCAUAGCAUCCUAGUUUCUCUCCUUCGAAUCAUUGUACUGAAUUUAUUCUGCUAUACCCUUUCAAGUCUUUAGUUUCCUAUUUCAGCCAUGCUCUCUGCUUUGUUCUUUAAGGUUAUUCAGUGUGAUGUUCUUUUCCUUCUAAAAGGUGUUUAGUUACACUGUUAUUUCUUGUCAUAUCGUGUGCUGUCUUUUUUAGCUGAAAAAGAUACAUUUGAGCUUUUUUUUUUACUUUAUCUUUCACUGAGCAUUAAGGGAAUGUCUUGUUUGUCUCAAAGUAUGCCAGUUAAUGCAUUGGACCUGUUUGACCGCAUGUUGACACUGGAUCCUUCAAAGAGGAUCACAGCAGAAGAAUCACUACAACAUCCCUUUCUGAAGGAUGUUGUUUGUGAGAACAUCAGCCCACCAAGGUACUCUUCUUUCUUUUUUGCUCUAGUAACCUACUCUCAGGGAUCAAUGAAGUUAUCUUACUUAACUAACAAAUCCACAGAAGAGUAUUUUCCUUCAUGAACUUCCUUAAAUUGUUCUUUUAACUGAGAGAAUUGGUUUUUGUAAUUAGUGUGGAAUAAAGUACUUAAUACUUAGUGACAUUUUGUGUUCUUUCAGCUUACCAACAUGGCAGGACUGUCAUGAGAUGUGGAGUAAGAAACGCAGACGCAAAGGAGAGGGGAAAAUAGCUGAGGAUGCAGGCUCAGCAAAACAGACAAGGAGAGAGUCUGUUGUUGACAGCCUGGAAAAUUCCAACAGUCUUCCUGCAUUAUCAGCAACAGGAGAGCAAGAAGAGAGAUCAGUAGAACCACUUGAGUCUUCAACAAUUCUGCGCAGACAGAGCAUUGAGACAGUUGAAAUGGAAACAGAAGAAACUUCUGCUGAUGCUUAUUCCACACGAGAUGAUCAUGUGUUCUAUGAUAGAGAAGAAACACAUCAGUAUUCAUAUGCUGAAGACAACCCCAAGUCUACUUUCUUGCAGGAUUCAUAUUAUCAUGAUUACCCAAGGGACUAUCCAGGAGAAUCAAGCAACAAUUCUCACAAUGCCUCUGUUGAUGAGUUUUCUCAUACCUAUUCAAGAGAAAAAAGUGAUAACAGCAGGGGAAAUAGGUACUCGCAGUCCAAUGUGCAUUAUGAACAGUUGUCUCCUCCCACAGAUCAAGAAAGAUGUUCCUUUUCUGAUCGGUUUAGACAUUACAGUUAUGGAGAGGGAGGUAGUAACAAAGAUUACAAUAAUUCCUCCUCACGAUCAUAUAGGGAGGAGUCAGCACCUUAUCUUUACAGAGAACGUUACUCCGAAAGCUUUUCUCAAAAGCGUGAAGUCUUUGAUUACAGUGAUACACGUUAUGAUCGCCUCCCUGUUACUGCUGGAAACAGAGGUUCCAGUCCACAGCAUGGUGUGGAGUCCUAUCAAACAUGGUGAUAAAGAAUUUGGCAGAUGGUUUUUUUCUUUGCUUGAUGACCUUGCGAAUACUGGUGCUACAUCAGGAGAUAGUCAUUAAUACUGCUCUACUAGAGACUUGUAUAUAAUAUGAUAUAAUUUUAUUUUUAAGAAACAACUGCUAAUUAUCUUGGUAAAAGAGAGGCUGUGUCGUUAUCUCACCAGUAUGUAAUUUUUUUACAGACCAAACUAUCAUGUUACCACUGUAAGCAGCACAUUGUAAGCUGGUUGAUUUGAUAACAUGUCUGACCACUGCAGGACUUUUAUAAGUCAAUAAAAGUUGAUCUGGU